AGUUCACAUUUGGGUUUUAUUGGUUUCUUCUUCUUUGUCUGUUCCACACCUCAUUUUGAGGAGAGAAUGUCUGCGUUUAGAAUGUUUCGCACCUUGGAUUCUCCAACAUUUGUUUUUUUUAUUUUAUAUUUUUUUAAAACGGUUUGUUUGUCUCUCUCUACACUCCAUGGCACUCUGUGGAACUUAUAUUUCUAUUUUCAUUUUCUUAUUCUUUAAAAAAAAUUAAAACUUUUGAUCAUACCAUCUUCUUGAUUGUGCAAAAGGGCAAGAGUUGUAUUUGUGAAUGCUCUUUUAAUGAAACAGAGAAGUUGAAGUCUUCUGCAGUUUGAAUCUGAUUUUAGGAUUUUUAUCCUUUUCUUUCAUGUACGGGAAGCCGAAAGAGACCAUUUUUUCAUUGAGUGCAGUUUUAGACUACUUAUGAUUCCAUCUCUCUUUUCUUCCCUAGCAAACAAUAUAUAUCUAUAAAUCUACCAUAGUGGUCCAAAACUUGUUAAUAAGUUGCUCUUGGCCACCACCUGCUCUGCCUUUCCCCUGUUGUCAUCACCUUCUUUUGUAAAACUGUCAUAAGUACUUCCAGUAAAAGCAGUGCACAAAGCACAUUGUAAUCUGUUUUUGGAAGCAUCAUCACAGAAAACCCAAAAAAAUUCACAGCAAUGGACAGGCUGAACUCAAAGCUGUACUUGCAGAACUGCUACAUAAUGAAAGAGAAUGAGAGGCUGAGGAAGAAAGCACAGCUUCUCAACCAGGAGAAUCAAGCCCUGCUCUCUGAGCUGAAGCAGAAGCUUUCCAAGACAAACUCAAAAGCCAAUGCAGCAGCAAACAACAAUAUUCCUGACCUCAAUCUCAGCUCCAGCUCCACCCAAAACCCUUCUAGUUCCAGCAACUAAAACAUAUAGCUAGCUGGAUAGAAAUAUCAUGACCCCACUAGGACUUAGCUUUUUUUGUGUAAUAUUUUUUAGUCAAAAGCGGUAGUUGUUCCAGUUUUAGAUACAUAGAGGAAAAGUGGUUAGUGUAUCUUUGUACCAAGGAUACCUCUGCUUCUUCUAUUUCCUUAUCUUAUGCUAUUUUCUCUUUUUUGGGGGGUUUAGGAUAUAAAAAUUUCUGGUCUACAAGGAUGUAUCAAGCUAUCUGCUAGAAAGAAAUAUAAUAUUUAUUGUAGCUC